CGUUGCCCCAGGGCCCUCCCGCUUUCCGUCCGAGGGCGGAGAGGCGUCUGCGCCCGGACGGACUGCGGGAACACCCGGAGCGCCAGCGAGCUCGGCCGCCCUCGCGGUAGGGAGCCCGCCGCGCCUCCUUGGGACCCGGACCCGGCGCCCGCGCCUCCGAACGGAUUUCUGCCGGCUGCACGCGCAGCGCGCACACCUGAGCCUGCCCCGCGGAACCGGGGCUCGAGUCCCGGCCCGAGCGCGGCGUCUGGGCCAGCGGAGAGGGGCGGAAGCCGUAAGGGACCCUCGGCGCCUCAGCCUCGCCUCGAUGAAGUCCUCGCCGCUCCUCAGCCCGUGUCUCUCCUGGAAGAGAAUGGUGGGCAUCUUUUUCUUGCCAUUUAUCUUACCAGGUUUUGCUCCUCGGUUUAAGCAGGAAGAGAACUUCAUGCUUGGAAGAGCGCAUCCUUCCCAGCCUAGGUUUAAUUGGUCUCAUCUGACCCCCCUGGAGCUGAAGAAUCGAUCUGUGGGACUUGGAACUGAAAGCACAGGUCGGGGUAAGCCCCACUUCACACUGGAGGGCCACAAGUUCCUGAUCUUCGGGGGCUCCAUCCACUAUUUCCGGGUGCCCAGGGAGUAUUGGAGGGACCGCCUGCAGAAGCUGAAGGCCUGUGGCUUCAACACUGUCACCACCUAUGUUCCAUGGAACCUGCAUGAGCCAGAAAGAGGCAAAUUUGACUUCUCUGGGAACCUGGACCUCGAGGCCUUGGUCCUGAUGGCUGCGGAGAUCGGGCUGUGGGUGAUUCUGCGUCCAGGCCCCUACAUCUGCAGUGAGCUGGACCUCGGGGGCUUGCCCAGCUGGCUCCUGCAAGACCCCCAGUUACUGUUGAGGACAACCAACAAGGGCUUCAUUGAAGCAGUUGAGAAGUAUUUUGACCACCUGAUUCCCAGAGUGAUUCCUCUCCAGUACCGCCAGGGAGGCCCUGUCAUCGCGGUGCAAGUGGAGAAUGAAUAUGGCUCAUUCAAUAAGGAUAAAACAUACAUGCCGUAUCUCCACAAGGCCCUGCUGAGAAGAGGGAUUGUGGAGCUUCUCUUGACCUCUGAUGGUGAGAAACACGUGCUGAGCGGCCACACCAAAGGAGUGCUGGCCGCCAUCAAUUUGCAAAAACUUCACCAGAAUACUUUCAGUCAGCUUCAUAAAGUCCAGAGAGAGAAGCCCCUUCUGAUUAUGGAAUACUGGGUCGGCUGGUUUGACAUAUGGGGAGAUAAGCGCCAUGUUAAAGAUGCAAAGGAGGUUGAACAUGCUGUGUCUGAAUUCAUCAAAUACGAGAUCUCCUUCAAUGUGUAUAUGUUCCAUGGUGGAACCAACUUUGGUUUCAUGAACGGGGCCACAUAUUUCGGGAAGCACACCAGCAUCGUCACCAGCUAUGACUAUGAUGCUGUGCUCACGGAGGCUGGAGAUUACACGGAAAAAUAUUUCAAGCUUCAAAAACUCUUUGAAUCUGUCUCAGCAACUCCCCUGCCCCAAGUACCCAAACUUACUCCCAAGGCUGUGUAUCCCCCCAUGAGACCGUCGCUGUACCUCCCGCUGUGGGAUGCCCUACCCUUCUUAAAUGAGCCAGUUAGGUCGCAUCAGCCCGUCAACAUGGAGAACCUUCCCAUAAACAAUGGGAGUGGCCAGUCCUACGGGCUUGUCCUGUAUGAGAAGUCCAUCUGCUCUGGAGGCCGCCUCCGUGCCCACACUCACGACAUGGCACAGGUGUUUUUGGAUGAGACAAUGAUAGGGAUUCUGAAUGAGAAUAAUAAGGACCUGCACAUUCCUGAACUCAGGGACUGCCGAUACCUGAGGAUCCUGGUGGAGAAUCAAGGACGAGUCAAUUUUUCAUGGCAAAUACAGAAUGAGCAGAAAGGAAUAACUGGAUCUGUCAGCUUCAAUAACUCUUCCCUGGAGGGCUUUACCAUCUACUCCCUGGAGAUGAAAAUGAGCUUCUUUGAGGGGCUGCGCUCUGCCACCUGGAAGCCUGUCCCAGACAGCCACCAGGGCCCGGCCUUCUACCGUGGGACGUUGAAGGCUGGCCCUUCUCCCAAGGACACCUUCCUGAGCCUGCUGAACUGGAAUUAUGGAUUUGUGUUCAUCAAUGGACGUAACCUUGGGCGAUAUUGGAAUAUUGGGCCUCAGAAAACACUGUACCUUCCUGGAGCUUGGCUUCAUCCAGAAGACAAUGAGGUCAUCUUGUUUGAGAAGAUGAUGAGUGGCUUAGACAUCAAAUCUACAGACAAGCCCAUGCUGUAAAGCCGUGUCUGAACAUUUUUUUUUUUUUUGAGAUGCGGUCUCACUGUGUUGCCCAGGCUGGAGUGCAGUGGCCAGAUCUCGGCUCACUGCAAGCUCUGCCUCCCAGGUUCAUGCCAUUCUCCUGCCUCAGCCUCCCCGGCAGCUGGGACUAUAGGCGCCCACCACCACGCCUGGCUAAUUUUUUGUAUUUUUAGUAGAGACGGGGUUUCAUCAAGUUAGCCAGGAUAGUCUCGAUCUCCUGACAUUGUGAUCCGCCCGCCUCGGCCUCCCAAAUUGCUGGGAUUACAGGCAUGAGCCACUGCACCCAGCCGUGAACGUAUUUUUUGGGUUGCUGGAGGUCAUCUAUAAGUCAUUUUUGAGGAAUAAGAUUUAUGUUAAGACUGUCAAACACAGUGUUGCCUACAAUAGCAAAAAUGUGAAAAUAAUAGCAACAACAGCAACAGCAACAACAAAACAGCAGAGGAAUUGUUAUGUAUUUUGUAGUCUAUCUAUAUGAUGCCUAUUUUUAGGCUUUAAAAAGUCUUCAAAAUCUUUAAUGACUGAUUUAUCUAGUUAAAUGCUUAAUCCUUAGCAGGCUCUUAUUCUUUCAUUAAACAUGCCUUUAAGUAGAUGUGAAUAAAAUAAAAACAAGUUUCA